AUGUUUGGAACAAUAUUCUUUGGUGUUGAAGCCAUUAUUUCUUUAAUAAUUUAUCGAUGUAAAGAAUAUUUUCGUGGUUUUUCAAUUCUUAUAUUUGUUUAUGCAAUAACAAUAAUUGCUUCUAUAUGGGUACUUGAACUACAUCGAAUUAAACAACUUAAAGAAGAUAAAUGGAAAACUAUUCCUAUAUUAUUUACUAAUGCUCCAAAUCAAUUUGGUGGUAUUCAAAAACCAUGGAUUAAUCCAAAAGAAUUUUUAAAAAAUUUCAAAUAUAUAUGGUCACAAAUUGAAAUUCAAGUUUUUCUAUUUCUUCUUCUUAUACUUCGUGCAUUAUUACCUAAACAAGAUUCAAUAACAUAUUUUGGUAAAACAGAUUUAUUAUUUAGAUAUUUUGCAACAAGUAUGGAUUUGUUAGAUUUUAUUGAUUUAUUAUCAUAUCCUCAACUUUAUUCAAAUUCACGUCUUGUUUAUGCAACUUUAAUUGUAUGGUCAAUAAGUUGUUUACAAUUUGUUAUUUAUGUUCCUGAAGUUAUUAAUAAUAGAUUAAAAGAAUUACAUUCAUUUUUAACAAAUUCAUUAUUAAUAACAUUUCUUAUGGAUAUACCUUUUCUUAUUGUACGAUUAUAUGCUAUAUUUGGUUGUGGUAGUCAUGAUUAUACAAGUUAUUUUUUUGUUUUUAAAAAUAUUCUUAUUAUAUUAUUACAAAUAGCACGUAUACAAGCAAUUAUU